UCCUUCAGGCUCGGUAGCGGACAUUUGUGCCGAGGACCCCGGGAGUGCGGGACGUGUUUCAGCUCAGGCGUGGAGGCUCAAUGUCCGGCAGCAGAAACCUCUCCGGCCCGGGUUAAUAACGCUUCACCGCUACAGAAAAUAAUGUGAUUUCCCUUUUUUCUUGUUCUUUUUUUUUUUAAAUUCUUAACACUCAACAUAAUCUUUCGCUACAUUCUUUUUGUAGCCUACACAACAUUUCUUUUCCCAGUUCCACUUCGGGAAUUUCUUUUCCAUUACUGGAGGAUUUAACUUCAAGCCACAAAACCGCCAGUGCAAGUAUUUAUUUUUAAAUUGUGAGUCGGCUUCUUUUCCCACCUUCCGCAGCGGCUAUAACUUUGGAGACUGCCCGUCGCCAGCCGGGGAGGAGGAAGGGGUUAGAAGCAGAGAUUUGACACCGAGGAGCCAGCCUAUAUUGUCCGCUGGACUGUGUGUGAAAAAGGGGAAAGCAGGAGAACCGAGCUCCGGUGCCAGCCAGCCUCCCUUUUUCUGUUUCUUUCCACCGUGCGGGAGAACAGAAGCAGCAGCGGCGGAAGAAAGGAGUGCAGAGGAGAGGAUUUAGCGUGGAUACCGGGGAGGGAUAUAGCCUACGCCUGGAGGAGAUUUGACGAUCUCAAAGGCACACAAUGGGACUCCAAAACCUCUGAGGGGGGUGAGGACAAAAGGCCGAGGGGGGGGGAAGAGGAAGAAUAGAGCCCAAAAAAGAGAGGUGGGUGAAGAGGACAUAGGAGACGGAGGAACAGAAGAAGGAGGGAAGAUUCUAGCCAAGAAGGACACGGAGGGAGGGAGAUUUAAAAAGGAGGGAUUUGCUCUGGAUUUGUCGGGGGUGCAUGCUCCCCCCUAAGUCCCCCCCCACCCCUCCCACUUGGACAUCCUCCCUUCUUUUUAUUUUAUUUUCUGCGUCAGUGACAGAAGGGGAAAGAGAAUGCACGGUAAACUGAGUUUGGGCAGCGCCGGCGGGGCGAGCAGGGGCCUGGACGUGAGACUCCCCAGGACUAGAGGCGUGCUGCUCGGCCUGCUCGUGGCCGUGGCGUGCUGGCUCCCUCCGUUGGCGGUCGGCGCCGACGUGGAGAUCGACGUCCUGGCCGACGUAGGCGGCGGGGAAAGAAGGAGCGAGCUGGAGGCCUCCAUGCACUCGUCGCUGCUUCAGGACUUCCAGGAAGUGGCGGAGAGGAUCCGCGCGCUGGAGGCCGGCGAGAGCUCCAGCGCCGCCGCGGCCGCUCAGCAAAACACGGCCGCCGGAGCCCCCACCGCCUUCCCAGACUCCUCGGCGGUAGUGGGUCGGAUCUUCCAGAUGACGGUGCCAAACAAGAUGGAGGAUGUUUACCUGGGGGAUAUUGUCAAGAUCACAGAGAUGGGUAAGGACUCGCUCCCCGCCUGGCUGCACUGGGACGCCAGCAGCCGAGUCCUGCAGGGUCUACCUCUGGAGGAGGACAAAGGUGUCCAUUACAUCUCGGCAUCCAUCUCCAACCACACAAAGUCCUCUUCUUCCUCGGAGGUGUUUUCCAUCGAGGUUCACCCGGAAGAUCAUCUGGACGCAGACUCAGCCCAGCUGGCAUCCAACCAAGCCUCGGCGGAAGACGACGCCCAGCCGUUCGCCUGUAGCAACGAGGAACCCGUCACGGUGCUGACGGUGAUCCUGGACGCCGAUUUGACCAAGAUGAGUUCAGAACAGAGAGUGGAGCUCCUGGAUGACAUGCAGAGCUUCUCCAGGGUCGGGCUCCAGCACAUGAAGAUCCUUCCGGUGGUCAACAACCGGCUGUUCGACAUGUCUGCGUUCAUGGCCGGGCCAGGGAACGCCAAAAAGGUGGUGGAGAAUGGCGCUCUGUUGUCCUGGAAGCUCGGCUGCUCACUGGACCAGAGCACAGUCCCAAAUAUCAACAGUGUCCAGGGUCCUGCAAAAGAAGGCACGAUGUCAGCCAAGCUGGGCUACCCUGUGGUGGGAUGGCACAUCGCCAACAAGAAACCCCACGUCCCAAAGCGGGUGAGGCGCCAAUUAAACAACACCCCAACACCUGUUCUGGCAGUGCUUCCUCCAACAACCGUAGUGGAGCCUCCGGUGAGGAUUAUUCCAACCCUCUCCUCUCCCUCUAUUGCGGCACCAACUGAAAGCUCUGCUCCCCCUGUAAGAGGACCCGUUCCCCUCCCAGGCAAGCCUACAAUUAGAGUUCGUGACCCCAUUGCCCAUACCCCAACCCUGGGACCCCCUCAACCAACAAGGGUAAUGGAAACCACCAGCACCGUUCCAAUCCAGCCAACCAUGACCAGGCCGACUUUUGUGGAGGCCACUGCUACACUACCUGCACCUACGAGAAGACCUACCAAGAAACCCAAGAGACCCAAAACCACACCAGUGCCAAGAGAGACAAAGACCUCCACAGCCAAGCCGUCCAGGCGCACAACACCAUCCCCGGCCAUCAUCCCGGACCCGUACAACGAGAAACCUGUCCUGCGUAACCCAAUCGACCAGGUCAAUGCAUUGGUGGGCACCUAUUUCGAAGUAAAGAUCCCAUCGGAUACAUUCUUUGAUAAAGAGGACGGGACAACUGACAAGCUGCGACUAACUUUGAGACAGAACCACAAUGAGGUGGUUGGAGAGGGCUCGUGGAUCCAGUUCAACACCACCAGCCAACUUCUCUAUGGCCUGCCCGAUGCCCAGCAUGUGGGAAAACAUGAAUACUUCAUGCAGGCAACAGACAAAGGUGGCCUGAAUGCGAUUGACGCUUUUGAGGUCCGCGUGAACCGCUGGCCCUCCAAUGACAAGACCCCUGUGAUCUUUACGGCCCGAUUUGAAGGGGAGCCGCGUUCAAUUACAAACGACAUCCACAAGAAGAUCCUUCUGGUGAAGAAGCUGGCGUACGCACUUGGGGACCGCAACAGCAGUACAGUCAGUCUACGAAACAUCACCAAAGGGUCGAUUGUGGUGGAGUGGACUAACACUAGCCUCCCACAUCACCCUUGUCCAAAGGAACAGCUCAUAGCGAUGAGCAAGACGCUCGCCAGUGCUGAUGGAAAACCCUCGCAGACCUUCAGGUACUCCAUGGAGCCUGAAUUCAGACCGUUGGAUGUCAAGAUCAAGGGAAAGGCAAGCUGCAGAACGUAUUCCUUUAUCCCGCCUGGAGAGAUUGAAAUACCAGAACCUCCAGCAGUCACUCCAGCUCUAGGAACCGGCCGACAGAGCACAGAUGACGUCUAUCUCCACACGGUCAUUCCUGCAGUGGUAGUGGCGGCGAUCUUGUUGAUAGCGGGCAUCAUUGCGAUGAUCUGCUACAGGAAGAAACGAAAGGGCAAGUUGACCAUCGAGGACCAGGCCACCUUCAUCAAAAAAGGUGUGCCAAUCAUCUUCGCCGAUGAGCUUGAUGACUCUAAGCCGCCUCCAUCUUCCAGUAUGCCCUUGAUUCUGCAGGAAGAGAAGCCCCCACUUCCGCCGCCAGAGUACCCCAACAUGGCCACACCAGAGACCACGCCCCUGAACCAGGAGCUGCUCGGGGAGUACACAGCUCUGCGGGACGAGGACCCCAACGCGCCUCCCUACCAGCCACCGCCUCCCUUCACCACUCCCCUGGAGGGCAAGGGUUCCCGUCCCAAGAACAUGACCCCCUACAGAUCGCCACCCCCCUACGUGCCACCUUAAGACUUGUUUAACCCUCCUCUGAUUGGGUGGAGGGAACGGAUGCCUGAGGAACAGUGACGGUUUCCAUUCUGGUGUUUGUCUGUCGGACAUUUACAGGGAGAGAUGACAAGAGGUGCUAAAGUACAAAACAGCUACAGGGGACUUUGGUUUUAGGGGGUGGGGGGGGGGGGGGGAUGAUUGGUUGAAACAGCUGGGAGGAACUACUGUUUUAGUGGUAGCCCAGCUACUACAGUGGCCUAAGACAAACAAAUUGUCGUCACAUUGGCUUUUUGGAUCGACCAGUUGGUCAGAAGUGACAAUGGCGAUUGGGAGACGUGCUCUCCUUUCCCAGCCUUUCAUUUGUUUCUCUGUUCAUUUAAAAUACCGUUUUUCUUUUGUUUUUUUCAUCAUUAUCCCAUUAUAAUUCUUUCUUUUCUGGACUGAAUCGUUUGCCUAACAACUCGUCUUUUUGUCUUGCUUUUUAAAUAAAACGAGAAGACAGUGAACUGCCAUCAGAGCACUGCAGGCGACAACUUUCGUUGUUUUUUUUAAAUAACGAGAGGGGGAUUCUCUGAAUAUGAAAAAAGCUCUCACAAGGAUCUCAGAUCAGCCCUGCAGACAACACAAGAGAAUGGGAGGCCGAGGUGUGUGCGUGUGAAUGAGUGUGUGUGUUUAUUCAGAUUCAAUACGGUUUGCCUUUUAACACUAGUUGUCUGUUUCUAUCCUUAUUCACAAUGUCUAUUAAAGAUGAAUGAAUAACAAGGUAGCCUAAAAAAAAGAUUUAGAGAUGAAUAAUAAUAAGUAAUUUGUUUGUUUUAUUGGUUUUAAAAUUCACUGUAUAUCUGGAAGAUGUUCUGAUAGAUUGUUAUAUUUUCUUGGUGGUGGGAGAAAGGGACUGCUUGGCUAAAAUAACCUGCAGAGUUCUUUUAUUCCUGUUUUUGGUAGAACGGUUACAGUCCAUUAGAUGAAAAUCUUACCUUCCUCUCGGUUUCCCUCAUCCCCUCGGCAGAUCUAACUUCCGCUGUAAGAAAGCUGGGUGGGAUGAGGUUAAUGUGAGAAAACAUGAACUACUGUUUUUGUCACGAAAGAGAUUAUCUAAUUAAUUUGUAAAUGCAGAGUUUUGAUGUGGAUUUGGAUGCAAAAUGUAUACUUUUAUGCAGAUUUCAUGUAAUUUGACGUCAGUUUGGCGACAGUGUUACCCGAGGUUAACAAAACUCCAGUAAAAGUGAAACGCCACGUCUAGAGCUGCAAAGAUUUAUUAAUUAGUUGUCAACCAUUAAAUUAAAUCGCCAACUAUUUUAAUAACCGAUGAAUCAGUUUGAGUCAUUUGUUA